AUGUCUGGUAUAAACUCCACGACCUCUGGACUAGAACUCAUAUCACAAAGAUCCACUCCAACGUUAAGAAGACGUUCGGACAUGGGAGAAUCGCCUAAUUAUUCAUAUAAUGGCGGGUUUUGGGAGCCUCCGGCCGACUACCAGCAGACAGAAACAAAGGCAGACGAGGACGAGAUCUCCGUGCAGACAGAUACGUCCACUGACUCCAACAAAUACAAGUCCUUCAGGAAGUUAAUCGUACGAUUUGCCGAUAAAACCUCCAUGCAAGGAGUGCCCUAUAUAAACAGCGCUCGAUUGUGGUAUGCCAAAGUGAUCUGGACACUUCUUCUUGUGAUUGCAAUUGGUUGGAUGUGCUUCCAUCUGUACUAUCUCAUCACACAAUUUAUUAUGUGGCCAAAACAAACAAAAAUAAAAUUAAGUUUUAGCAACUUAGAAAUGCCAGCAGUGACUAUUUGUAACGUUAAUCCAAUUAGGAAUUCCGCUGUCAAGAAGGCGUCGAAACCAUUACAGAAUCUCAUAAAGUACGUUGAUCCUUAUGAAUUUUUAGACAGCGGAGAAGACAGCGAGGAGAAAAACAUCGAUUGGCAACAGACUCAGGGCCCUGUCACUGAAAGUCAACCCACAAAUGGGCCAAAUGUUAUAGGAAGUGGACCUAUCGCAAAUGUUACUAGAGACAAUGGAAUAGAUUCUAAUGUGACCAGAACAGGUACGACGGAACAAAGCAAUGGCACAGGUAACGAACUUAGCACAGGUGUUACUGAAGACAGUGGAACUGAUUCUAAUGUUUCCAGAACAGGUACAACGGAACAAAGCAAUGGCACAGGUAAUGAACUUAACACAGGUGUUACUGAAGACAGUGGAACUGAUUCUAAUGUUACCAGAACAGGUACGACGGAACAAAGCGAUGGCACAGGUAAUGAACUUAACACAGGUGUUACUGAAGACAGUGGAACUGAUUCUAAUGUUACCAGAACAGGUACAACGGAACAAAGUGAUGGCACAGGUAAUGAACUUAACACAGGUGUUACUGAAGACAGUGGAACUGAUUCUAAUGUUACCAGAACAGGUACGACGGAACAAAGCGAUGGCACAGGUAAUGAACUUAACACAGGUGUUACUGAAGACAGUGGAACUGAUUCUAAUGUUACCAGAACAGGUACGACGGAACAAAGUGAUGGCACAGGUAAUGAACUUAACACAGGUGUUACUGAAGACAGUGGAACUGAUUCUAAUGUUACCAGAACAGGUACGACGGAACAAAGUGAUGGCACAGGUAAUGAACUUAACACAGGUGUUACUGAAGACAGUGGAACUGAUUCUAAUGUUACCAGAACAGGUACGACGGAACAAAGCAAUGGCACAGGUAACGGUAAGACAAAUGCACGCGACAGUGACAUCCGUCGUCCAACAGGAGGACCUCCCAAAACCCAGGGGACUAGCGAAGAUGGACAGCCCGCCAAAGGAAGGAAUCGUAAGAAACGCUUUGUGGACGACUUCGACAACACUAAGAUAGAUGAUUACGAAGAUUAUGAUGAGGAUGAUUAUAAGGAAAAGCAUGAACCACCGAAACCCCCUAGGGAUCCCGUAUCUAACCUGGAGGACACCUUCCGAUCUCUAUACUUCAAGGAAACCAGGAAAAAUAGAGUAGAAAUGGGACACCAAAUCAAAGACAUGCUCAUCAGCUGCUCAUUUGACGGUUACGAAUGCUUCCCAGAUAAUUUUACACGAUAUCAGACCAUGGAGUACGGCAAUUGCUACAAAAUACAGUCAUCAGCAUUCACGUCCAAAAGUCCGGGACCACAACACGGAUUGACCAUGAUUUUGUUUAUGGAAAACGACGAAUACCUUCCCGGCUUUACUCAAGGUUACGGUGCACGCGUCACCAUAAACGACCAGUAUUCAUUUCCUUAUCCGGCAGAUGAAGGAUUCUUCGUCUCUUCUGCGUUUGAAACUCACAUUGGAUUAAAACAGACAAAUAUUGAGAGGCUUGGAAAUCCCUAUGGUGAAUGUGACAAUGGAGUUGAGUUUGAAAAGCGUUACGGACUCAGAUAUUCCAGACAUACUUGUCAGGCUACGUGUCACCUACAGACUGUAAUUGACCAUUGUGGAUGCCACGAUGUAAACAAUAUGGAAGUGUUUUCCCAAUCUUCUCUGCUUGACACUACCAAACCUUGCAGAUCACGAGAAGAAUUAAAGUGUCAAUUUGAAAUUGCCAAAGAACUAGACGACAAAACUAGAAAAUGCGAAUGUUACAACCCAUGUGUGGAGAAGCAGUGGAUAAGAUCAAUAAGUACAAGACAAUGGCCUACAGAGUCAUACACGAUGACGCUGCUGAGAGGAUUGUGUCAGAGACGGCCACAACAAUGUAAAAAAAUUGAAGCAAAAGCAGAUGAUCGUAAGAUUAGUUUGAACUUUCUGAAAAUAGUUGUGUAUUAUCAGGAUUUGAAUCACGAAGAGAUCAUGGAAGAUCCGGAAAUUGAGACCGCUCAGUUUGCGUCAGACGUUGGAGGUGCCAUCGGUCUUUGGAUCGGACUUUCUAUCUUGAGUAUGUUUGAGGUAGUUCAGCUUUUUGUGGAAAUGUUUCAGUAUGGGAUAUACAAGUGUAAACAUCUAGGUGAAAUGGGUAGGAAUAGAAAACCUAAUCUCCCAUCAACAGAGGACAAGUAUCACGGUCAAGCUCCAGGUGUUCUUAAUUUUAACCAGUCCCAAUUUGCCAAGGAACAUCUAUACGAUGGCAGAUUUGCAACAUCACGGUAUCAAUACUAG